GUCGCAGAGGCCGCUCCGUGGAAACAGACUGGUCCCCUCAGCCAAGGAGUCUCAGGCCCCGGGGCUCCCCACCGGCUUGUGUCUCGUUGUCGCUGAAGCCGUAGUUCUCAGACCCUCGCGUGGGACCUGCCUCUCUGGCUGCCACCCUGCACCCCAGCAGCGGUGCGUGCCUUUCCCCGCUACAGCCGGAGAUCCCCUACGUCUUCCGUGCACGGACCCGGGACAGGCCGCCAUGCCUGCACCUGGGACUGGUCCUCUGAGGUGCUCUUGGCGGCAGCCGUCUGCACAAAGGCAGGGAAGGCCAUAGUUUCUCGGCAGUUCGUGGAGAUGACUCGAACCCGCAUUGAGGGGCUGCUGGCAGCCUUCCCCAAACUUAUGAACACUGGGAAACAACACACGUUUGUGGAGACAGAGAGUGUGCGAUAUGUAUAUCAGCCAAUGGAGAAGCUGUAUAUGGUAUUGAUCACCACCAAAAACAGCAAUAUCCUGGAAGAUCUAGAAACACUCCGGCUCUUCUCUAGAGUGAUUCCUGAAUAUUGCCGAGCUCUGGAGGAGAACGAGAUCUCUGAGCACUGCUUUGACCUGAUUUUUGCCUUUGAUGAAAUUGUUGCCCUGGGCUACCGUGAGAACGUAAACCUGGCACAAAUUCGGACCUUCACAGAGAUGGACUCACAUGAAGAGAAGGUGUUCCGAGCAGUCAGAGAGACUCAAGAGCGUGAGGCAAAGGCUGAAAUGCGCCGUAAAGCCAAGGAGUUGCAGCAGGCCCGAAGGGAUGCAGAGAGACAGGGCAAAAAAGCUCCAGGCUUCGGUGGAUUUGGCAGCUCGGCUGUGUCUGGGGGCACGACUGCAGCCAUGAUCACAGAGACCAUUAUUGAAACAGAGAAGCCCAAAGUAGCACCAGCACCAGCCAGACCAUCAGGUCCCAGUAAGGCUUUGAAGCUUGGAGCUAAAGGGAAAGAGGUGGACAACUUUGUGGACAAGCUGAAAUCAGAAGGAGAAAAUAUCAUGACCUCUUCUGUAGGCAAGCGUUCCUCAGAGGCAGCCAAGGUUCUCGCUCCACCUAUUAACAUGGAGAGCGUGCAUAUGAAAAUAGAGGAGAAGAUUUCCUUGACUUGUGGCCGUGAUGGCGGGUUACAGAACAUGGAGCUGCAUGGCAUGAUCAUGCUGAGGAUCUUAGAUGAAAAGUUUGCCCGGAUUCGCCUCCAUGUAGAAAAUGAAGACAAGAAGGGGGUACAGCUACAGACUCACCCAAAUGUGGACAAGAAACUUUUUACUGCUGAAUCUCUGAUUGGCUUGAAGAACCCAGAGAAAUCAUUCCCCAUUAACAGUGAUGUGGGGGUGCUGAAAUGGAGGUUGCAGACCACAGAAGAGUCUUUCAUUCCACUGACAAUUAACUGCUGGCCGUCAGAAAGUGGGAAUGGUUGUGACGUUAACAUUGAAUAUGAGCUGCAAGAGGAGAGCCUAGAACUGAAUGAUGUGGUCAUCACAAUCCCAUUGCCGUCCAGUGUUGGCGCCCCAGUGAUUGGAGAGAUUGAUGGGGAGUAUCGCCAUGACAGCAGGAGGAAUCUCCUUGAAUGGUGCUUACCAAUGAUAGAUGCCAAAAACAAGAGUGGCAGCCUGGAGUUCAGCAUAGCCGGGCAGCCCAAUGACUUCUUCCCAGUGCAAGUCUCCUUCAUCUCCAAAAAGAAUUACUGCAACAUACAGGUUACCAAAGUGACCCAGGUAGAUGGGAACAGCCCUGUAAGGUUUUCCACGGAGACCACCUUCUUGGUGGACAAAUACGAAAUCCUGUAACACCAGCAGCAGGGAAUAACAAAUGAAUUUUUUAAAUUAAAAGAAAAAAAGGCUGAAGUUUAUUCUGAAUGUCUGGAACGCCGCAGCCCUCUCUCUGCUAGGACACACGGCUCUGUCUGCCCAACUGCAGUAUUCCUGGGUCACGGGCAUUCUUUGGCAGAGAAUUGACAUGAUCGUAUGGGGGAAAGGCUGCUAAUUUCUUUGGCAGAUUGUACUGGCCAUCAGUAAAGCAGGAUCUCCAUUGAGAAAUCCUGGCUUUGAUACCUCCCCUUCCUCUCUCCCACAAAGCUGGCUACUUAGCUCAAUGCCAGAAUGAAACUACACCUCAUUCUCUUCCUUUUUAGUAUAUCAAGAGUUCUGUUUCUUUUGUUAUGAUUGUUGCAAUUUUAACUUAUCCCCUGCCUCCAGCACUUGUUUCCAUGGAUUCAAAUAUGCAUUAAAAUAUUCUAUACAUGGGCAUUAUGCCUGCUGGAUCCCUUUCUCUUGGGAAUGGGAUAAGCUGAUCAGACUAGGCCUCAGUUUUAAAGCUGAGGUUUUGGGUGGUUGUAGUAAACCUGUUCCUUCCCUUUACCUGUACUCCUGACUUGCUGCCUGUUCAGCUCUGCUUCUUGGUGAUGGACCUGCACUUGGGCCAGCUCCCACAGUGAGCCCAUGUGCCUUUGGUGUGAGUUAGAGCAGAGUUGUCUUCCAGCUGGCAGAGAGCAUGCAGCUUCUGAAUUGACUGGUUCAAACUGCAGAAGCGGGGGGCACCUGGAACUACUCACUUUUGCUGGAAUUUCCUGUCACUGUUUGGUGUAGCCCCUAGGCCAGAUGCUUGAAAUAAUUUUGCCUGGUUUAAGUGAACAAUCUUUGUUGCCUUUCUUGAUCCAUUUGAAUCUUCCCCAGUAAAUUGAGCCCCCAUACCUGCCAGUAUGCAUCUUCGCCCUUCCUAGACGCAGCUUGUAAAAGGGUAUGGAGCCUGCCUUGUUCAACCCGAUAAACAGGUCUGAAUUACUCUGACAUAUUCAUGCUUGGGUAAGUCUGCUUGGGCCCACGUAAGAGCCAAGGAGAGCCAAGUGUUGGCACUUACUGAUGGAGUAGGAGAAGGGAACCCUUGGUUGCAGCACAGAGAUUUCAGGUAAAAGUCAAAUGUACUGUAGUGCUUUAAGUUUGCCCUGUGGUGCGAGGGCUGCACACAGCCACACUCCCUUGCACCAUAGAAAAGGUGUUUCCUCUCUGACUAGCUGGAAUAGCAUUGUCUACCCUGUCCUCACUUAAAACAUUUCUCACCUACUUUCUUUAGAACCAUUUUUGAUGAUAUUGGGAGGUGGUCUCAGCCUGACUACAUCUGAGCUGUGCCUGGCUGAUCGCACAACUUCAACAAGGAACCUUGCUAACCACCAUUGUAGCAAGGCCUCAUGGUUCUAUCCAAACAUAACUAUUUCGCUGGUUUGUGGGCGACAGGAAAUGAAGUUUCUUGCUCAUGGAAGUCCUAGAAACUCGUGCACUGUGCUCCAGCGCGAGAACACCUGUUUCAGACUAAGUGCACACCAAUGCUUGUAGGGUCGUCUGCCAAAGAAGUUAGCUGUCUCUCCCGUGUUAUCUUAAUUGCAUCAGUGAGGAAACAUAACUCCAGUUCUUUCCAUGUGAGGGUGAUGUGUUCUGAGAGAGGGGAAGCAAAUCCUGUCCUGUAGUUAAGUAGACUAUGAAUCUUAAUUCAGUUGUGUUCAAGAGUUGCUUGUCUGUAUGAUUUUAAAAUGGAGUCAAGUUUAGUUUCAAACAUCAAAGGAGCAUUUUUCUUAAAUUACUUUGGGGGUAAUAUUAAAAAAAAAAAAAAAAGUUUU